AUGCGUCGGGGACAGGAGCGCGAACACGGCAUGGAGUCGUCGGCGUCGCUCAUCACUUCGUCCGAAAUGUUGGGCUCGCCCACUUACAAUUACUCGGCCAUGUUGAACAGCGAGCACUCAAGUGACAUUCCGGAGCAAGACUACAUCCCACAGCAACCGGCGCGUGAGGUUUUUCGCCAACCGUCCGAGGCGCAAAUCUACGGUCCUGUGGGUGGCAACCGCUUUAGCACCAUGAACGCCGGCUCCCCACGCCAUUCCAGCAGCGAAUCCGCAGCGCCCGGCACAGCAGUAGGUGCCACUGGUGUCUUCACUCGUGGCUCGUUGAUGGACCGCAACAUUGCGGUGAGUGAACCAGCUCCAGGGUUCAUCGAAAAGACGCAACAGUACAAAGAUGUGGCCAGGAAUUCUUUGAUUAUUCUGGUCGUUGGCGGAGCUGUGGCGGGUAUCACGUUGUCUGCAAUUCACACGAGCGACUCCGCCACGACACGUCAGGAGGAAUACGCCCAGCGAAAGGCCGACAGCGAGAAAAUCUCAGGCGGCGCCAGUGGCAGCGGCAGCGACUUGGUGUCCGAUGACGGAGAAGUGGGUAACCCCAAAUCGUACCCUGAUAUGGGUUGCGAACUCCCCGACUACCAAAGUAAAAACGGUAGAAUUGUUGCCGUAUCGGCCAAUGGUACCGAAGUACCGGUGGAUAUCAAGGGCAUCAACUGGUUUGGUAUGGAAACCGGUACAGCCAUUCCACUCGGGCUCUGGGAUAACGCUGAUAACGGUACUACAGCGUACCAGAUCGCGUCCUUCCUGGCCGACAACAAGUUCAACGCAGUCCGUUUACCACUCUGUGUCAACUGGAUCCUCACCAAUCCAAAACCAGAGACUUCACUGAUCAAUACGGCCGAAAAUCGUGCUAUCUCGGUCAAGAACUACAUGUCUUUACUCAAGAGUAUCGUCAAAGUGCUGGCAUACCGGAAAAUCGGCGUAUUGCUGAGUAUGCAUACACUAACAUCGACGGAUAGUGGAAGUCUCUGGUACAGCGACACGAUCUCGGAAGAUGAUUUCCUGGAUGCCAUUGACACGCUAACGGAUAAUCUCUGCAGUAAGACGUACUGGAACAUCAUGGGGAUUGAUGUUAAGAACGAACCUUCGAAGGCUACGUGGGGUGACGGGUCUGACACGGAUUUCCACGCUGGAGCCAAGAAGAUCGCAGAUCGAAUGCUAGACGGCUGUUCUAACUGGAUGGGCUUCGUGGAAGGCAUCAACGCCGACCACACGGUCACGAUCGAUGGUACAGACUACGACUACUACGACUGGUACGGUGGUGGUCUGCAGGAUGCAGCAGACUACCCUCUUACAUUCAGCACGGAGAACAAGGUGGUCUAUGCACCACACUACUAUACUCCUGCUGUUUACCCUCAGUCGUACUUCUAUAAUGGAGGCACUCAGGACUCGAACGGUGCAAUUUCCGACUAUGUCGAGAUCGAUGAUGAUACACUGAAGGCACGAAUUAAAGCCACAAUGGCCGAUAUGUUCGGCUUUCUGGGCGACGACAACUCGUCUGCGUUGUUACUGGGUGAAUUUGGAGGUCUUUACUCGAAGGAUCUGCACCCGGAACUCACUACGCAACGCUGUACGGAUCUGAGUAUGGAGGUGAUUGUGGAAAGUGGCUGGGCGGGUGGGUUUGUAUGGUCUUUGAACCCUGAAAGUGCCUACCAAUACAACCCUGCCGAUACCUAUGGUACCUUUACGGAAGGUAUCCUUGAGGAUGACUGGCUGACCGCUAAUAGCGAGUUCCUCAAGGGCAUGACUGUCUUCAACGACCUAGCGAACCUACGCUCAAUGCCCUGCUUUGAGGUGGAGGAAUCAGCGUCUGGAUCAGACUCGUCCAGCUCAAGUUGA